AAUAUCACUCGCACCGUUGCCUACAAUGAUCUCUAUCCCCCGGAGAACCCUGGAAUCUUGCUCACCGACAGAAACUCAACACCACCAAAAGGCAGGUUAUUGUACUGUGAUCUUCUAUAAGGUGGCGGUUACUUACCCAGAAGGGUGCUCCAAUUCGAGCGGGAAAUCCAUCGAUCGAUUAUAUAUAAAAAAAAUGUGGAAAAAAGUAAAGGAAAUGAACUAAACAUUUUUUGGUUUAUAGAUUUAGCGAAAGAGCUCUCAUAUUUUUCACAUGGGUGUUUUGUAGAAGUGUGUAAUGUAUUUUCAUUUACAGUGAAAACUUUUGGAAUGUUACGGAAGUUUGCCAGCACUCGGAGCAUUUACAGGAUCUGGGUUUUAAAUUUGUGUUCAAUAAACAUUUUUACUCCAGAUCAUGUUGAGAUGAUAAUUUCAACAACAAAAUUUAAUGGAAAAAGCUCAAUAUACAGAUUUCUACGUCCAUGGUUACGAGACGGCUUACUUCUUAGUGACGGGGCGAAAUGGCAGCAACGUAGGAAAAUCCUAACACCAACGUUUCACUUCAGUAUUCUUCAAAGGUUCUGCGUGAUUAUAGAGAAUAAUAGUCGACGGAUGGUGGAAAUACUGAACAACUCCCCAGGGGAGAAGAUAGACGUCGUUUCCCUUAUGUCGGAGUUCACUCUCAACUCUAUUUGUGAAACAGCAAUGGGCACACGGUUUUCCGAGGAAAUAGUCGAAAAAGGAGUAUCUUACAGAACUGCAAUCCAUAGUAUAGGAAAGUGUUUGGUGCAAAGAAUGACUAGAGUAAUACUACACAACGAUUUUAUAUUUAACCAUUCAGCUUUAGGUAAAGAACAAAACAAGUCCAUAGAAAAAAUUCAAAACUUUACGGGAAAGGUGAUAAAAGACAGAAAAGCAUACAUAGAAAAAUAUGGUGUCGAAAAUCUGGAAGAUGAUGAUAAAAAGGAUAAUAAGGAGUAUAACAUGAAUAAUAGAAGAAAACCGACAGCCAUGUUAGACUUGCUUCUUCAUGCGCAAAAGAACAAUCUAAUUGACGAUGAGGGCAUACAAGAGGAAGUAGAUACCUUUAUGUUCGAAGGACAUGACACCACAUCAUGUGGCCUUAUGUAUUGCUUAAUGUUGCUGGCUAACCAUAAAGAUAUUCAAGAUAAAAUAUUUGAAGAGUUGCAUACGAUUUUUGAUGAAUCGGAUCGAAGUGCGAGCUACGACGACUUGUCUGAGAUGCGCUACCUCGAAUGCUGCAUCAAAGAGUCCCUUCGUCUAUAUCCACCCGUGCCGUUUAUCAGUCGUCAGAUUACUGAAUCAAUCGACUUAGGUGGAUACAAGAUACCCAGUGAUGUAUUCUGCCACAUUCACAUCUACGAUCUACAUCGUCGAGAAGAGUUGUUUCCCGACCCGCUGAAGUUCGACCCCGACCGCUUCUUGCCAGAGAACUGCAUUGGACGCCACCCUUAUGCUUACAUUCCAUUUAGCGCUGGACCACGGAACUGUAUAGGUCAAAAAUUCGCUAUGAUGGAGAUGAAAUUAGCAUUAUCAGCUAUACUGCGGCGCUUCGAUCUGAAACCGGUUACAAAGCCUUGGGAAUUGCGCAUAGCGGCUGACAUGAUGCUAAGAAGUACUGAACCAAUUUAUGUCAUUUUCGAAAAAAGAAACACAUAA